AUGCUAGUACUAAACGCUGCAGUUCAUACCAGCGUACCUUCAGAGACCUUGGCUGAGACAGGCGAAAGCGAAGCCAAGAAACCUCGCGUCGACGAUGAUAGGACAUCGACCUAUGACUUAAGUGAAGAAGAGAUUGAUUGUGAUGACACGCCGUUCACCUUCGUGACCUAUAAAAAGAAACGACCGGAGGGAAUUCCAGUCGUCUUUCGACCGUCAGAGGAAGGCAACAGCUUCUGGCAUGUGAAUGCAAACCGUGCUGCUUCGGAAAUUGUCUCAGCGGCAAAGGAAAAAGUGCAGUCGUUCCGCGUAAACAGAGAUGGGAGCUUUUCUGUCAGCGUUUCUUCUCUGUCAUCGGCAAAGCAUCUCCUAACGAUGAAUGAAGUGGCUGAAUUGGGAGUCAAGCCUUAUAUUCCAGCAUCUUAUGCGAGAAACGUCGGUAAGAUACGCCAUGUUCCACUUCAAUACACUCAGGAGCAACUGGUUGAUUUCUUGAAGGAUUUUGGUGUGACAUCUGCCAGCCGUCAGGCACGCUUCAAACGACAAGAUGGUGCGAUCGAAUCUCACCCUCUGAGAACUGUUGUACUGACCUUCAGAGAAGACAGGUCAAUGCCGGAAAGGGUGCAUCUGGGCUUCACGAGUCAUCCUGUGGAAGAAUACCUUGGUCCUGCCCUGAGGUGCUACAACUGCCAGAGAUUUGGCCAUUUAGCCAAGAACUGUCACAGUCCACGUCGCUCCAAAAUAUGCUCAGAGAACCACGACCACUCGGAGUGCAAGUCCAUGCUGCAGCCAAAGUGCACCAACUGUGGAGGAAAUCAUACAGCUUCCUACUCCGGGUGCCCUCAGAACAGAGCUGCAUCAAGAUUACGCAUGCACGAGUGGACAUAUGGAAGGCCGCCUCCACAUAAUGCGCCCCCACCUAACCCUGACACUGUAAGAUAUGCGGCUUCAAAUGCCUACGAAGAGCAGGAUCAAGCGGAUAAAAUGAGUUAUUCUACAGUCCUAAAGAAACCGAGCAGACAACCUCCGGUCAGCGAGCGACACGAUCUGCUCUCAGAGAAUGGUGCUCACCUCUCCCAGACACCACGGCAGACACCUCAUCAAACAUCACCCCAGCGAUUACCUAAGCGUUCGCUCCUGCCACAGAAACCAUCUCAGCGGUCAUCUGAUGCUCCUCCUCGACGGCCUGCUCCGACCCCGGACGGAGCUUCAGCGCCAGUUAAUGAUCACUCGUCUAUACCUCUCGCUCAGGUGAUCCUACCGAUGCUCUUCACAGCUCUUCGUGCAAUUCUCAGCGCCCUUCCACAAGCAAACAACCUACCGGAGGUAAAAGCAUUACUGUCAAUGGAGCCGUUAGUGCUCCCACAACCUCAGUCAGCUUCACGGCAGGCUUACUAUGAAUAG